AUGAACUUCCAGCGAGUGCCCCAGGCUGGGAGGUUCCCCAUGGGGGCAGGCGACUGCCCCAGCUUGGUCUCACUGCCCGAAGGGCAGGAGCCAGCAGGCAUGGAGUGGGCUAUGGAAAGCCUGCUCUCUCCCCACAGGGAACUGCGGCGAUGCCCCGGCAAGCACUGCCUGACUGUGCCCAACGUCCCCAUUGACGUCUUCAUGGCCACGGGAGGGACCGGCAGGCGUCGCAACACCUGA